AUGCUGAAAACUCAGGAGUUUAAUAAGUAUUUCAACACACUUGUCCAAGAUGUGCGAACCACCAACAUGGAUGUGCGAGACUUCGUGAUCCAACACAUCUCUGAUUUGCCGCAUUCGGAAAACAUCAGGACUGCUAUGGAACUGGCAUACCAACAUCCAAACUUGAAGGAAUUCAACAAGGCUCCAACGCUGAAAUUUUAUUCAGACUAUCCUAACUAUUCUGUAAAGUCAUUGUAA